AUGUCUGAGAGGCAAAUGCGGUCCGGAGGGGCCACUCGGCUUUUGGCCCCAUCUCCAACUAUGCCUCUGUGGAGGUCCCAGCGGAAAUCAGGCUCGGAUCUUCCAAGCAUCCUUCCUGUACUCAGUGGGAAGGCACCUCAUGCGGCUCCAGUCAGAAAGCCCAUCAUUUUGAAGAAGAAAGUGGCUCAUGCUGUAGAGAUCCCAUCCAUCCAUUCGCCUCGCAGGAGCUCUAGGAUUGCUUUUUUCUUAGAGAAAGAAAACAACCCUCCUAACAGGGAGCCCGCUAAAGAGGACCUCUUCAAGACACCUAGUAUCCCUGUCACACCCACCACCACUCCUAUGUCAUGUGCCCUGCAUGGUGAGGCCAGCUUCAAGGAAGGAGAACUGGAUGCCAGAGACUUGGAAAUGUCUAAGAAGGUCAGGGGGUCCUACAGCUGGCUGGAGGUUCUCGGCUCUGCCUCCGCCUUUGCCUCCACCUCUACUCCAGGCGGACACUCCUACUUUGGUUUGGGGGGCCCUGAAGACUUGUCCAGAGUCUCACCUGUGGUGUGUUCAAAUGUAACCGGGGCCCCUGCAAAGCCCUGGGCCCCAGACACAAUGCUCCCUGGAAUCUCUUCCCCUGUCCUGAAAGAGAAACAAAAGAAGAAAAAGCUGCCGGAGAUCCUGAAAUCCGAGCUGGAUGAGUGGGCCGCAGCCAUGAAUGCUGAGUUUGAAGCUGCUGAGCAGUUUGACCUCCUGAUUGAAUGAAAUGAAGUGGGGGUGCCCCUGGCCAGACUCCCCUCCUCUCCCUGUACAUAGUCCCUCUCAAUGGAGAAGACACUGGGGGGUCCCUCUGCUGGCCUUGUUACCUGU